AUGGGCGUAUAUAAUCUCAAUCUUCUCAAGGACGAGCUCAGUCUUUCUGCCUGGCUAGCUGCAGGGGCCUGCUUCCAAGCGGUUGUGAGCCUCGUUUUCCCGGCCCGCUACACACUUUUCCCGCUUGCUGUCGCCGUAUUACUUCGGGCUGGAACCCUGGUGGCACAAUAUGUCGGUAUUGCCCCAAAUGCAUAUCUAAAGAAGGCGACGCUCGACAGGUGGAGCAUUCUCUUCCCUGAGAAUGACGGAUCACGGCCAAUCAAGUUUGGCGAUAAGCCGAUCGCCAUGUUCCUUGUUGGCAUCCGGUCGAAUCAUCCGCUCGGAAGGCUUCACCCCAAAUAUCGCAAGCUGAAUGACUACAUGGACGACAUAUACAAGGAUGCGGAGGACAACAGGCGCACCAAUGGUUACUUGGGUCGAACGCCAGAUCUCAUUCCGACCGAGUAUUCGCAGAACAACACUCUCAUGUCCAUCAGCUACUGGAAAAGCAUUGAAGAGCUCGAGGCUUUUGCUCGGCGGCCUGUUCACAUCAAGGGUCUCAAAUUCCUUGCUUACCAGGUCAACAAGAGCGAUCGACCUCAUGACCUGGGUGUCAUGCAUGAAGUCUUGGUCUGCCCCGCGGGCCACUGGGAGGGCAUCUACUCCAACAUGCAGCCAUGGGGCUUGGGUGGCCUUCAGUGGCCGAUGCCCAAGACCAGGGCUUUCCAGGGGCCUUUUAUUGAGAGGGAUCCGGCGAUAAUUAAUGGCAUGUGGGGGCGUAUGGGAAACAAGAUCAAGCAGCAGAAGGUGGAUGAGCAGAUGGCAGAAUUAAUGCCCGAGGGGAUCUAA